AUGGCGGACAGAGACAGUGGAAGUGAGCAGGGAGGAGCGGCUACGGGCCCGGCUCUGAGCUCCAUGCACGCGGUGGCAGGAGGGGCGGGCUCGGCUUCCGGCCUGCAGCACGACACACAGGAGCUCGCGUCCAAGCGCGUCGAUAUCCAGAACAAGCGCUUCUACCUGGACGUAAAGCAAAACGCGAAAGGCCGCUUCCUAAAGAUCGCCGAAGUGGGGGCCGGUGGCAACAAGAGCCGCCUGACGCUCUCCAUGUCGGUGGCCGUCGAGUUCCGAGACUACCUCGGGGACUUUAUCGAGCACUACGCGCAGUUGGGGCCCAGCAACCCGGACGCGGUGCAAGACGAGCCGAGGCGAGCACUCAAGAGCGAGUUCCUGGUGCGCGAGAAUCGGAAGUAUUACAUGGAUCUGAAGGAGAACCAGCGCGGCCGCUUCCUGCGGAUCCGACAGACGGUAAACCGGGGGCCUGGCUUGGGCUCGGCGCAGGGCCAGACCAUCGCACUGCCGGCGCAGGGUCUCAUUGAGUUCCGCGACGCGCUCGCCAAACUUAUCGAUGACUACGGCGUGGAGGAUGAACCUGCCGAGCUGCCUGAAGGCACGUCGCUCACUGUGGACAACAAGCGCUUCUUCUUCGACGUGGGCUCCAACAAGUACGGCGUUUUCAUGCGCGUGAGCGAGGUGAAGCCCACGUACCGCAACUCGAUCACGGUGCCCUACAAAGUGUGGGCCAAGUUCGGAAGCACGUUCUGUAAAUACGCCGAGGAGAUGAAAAAGAUUCAAGACAAGCAGCGGGAGCGGAGGGUGUGCGAGCAGCAACAACAGCCGGGAGAGAUGCAUCCGGACGAUGGGGAUGAGGAUUGAUAAUGAGCGGAGUGUUGGGAGGGAGUAUAAAAUGCAAAAAAAAAAAAAAAUACGAUCAAAACAAAGCGAAACGACGCGUAAAACGAACUUUUUACUGUACAAACGAAAGAAACGUAAAGAUUUAACUGUAACGGUUUAACUCCAAGGGGCAGUAAGUAUCCACAAACAUACAGCAAACCUCCACAAGAUGACCGGUGCAACUCGUACCCCAUCACUGGAUGUGAUCCACUUACCCACCAUUAAUACAGUAAGCGGCUGCUAAACAGAGUAAUAACAUUAUAUAUGAACUGUGUUUCCUACUUGACUACAGAUAAAGAACUGAGUGUUUAUUUCCCUUAUUAACCGAGAACUUUUAUACACGUCAAAAAUAUUAUAAAUACAAAAAAAUGUUUGCAAUGUUCAAAUGGAAUUAUUGCUGAAACAUAAAACAACCAGUCCUUUACGUGUAAGCUAAUAACUUCAGCACAAAUCAGAUGGUUUUAUUUUAUGUUCUUUUCUUUUUUUUAAAAACUAAAAUUUAAAAAUCCUAUGUAGAGGCUGUCAUGGUAACCAUGCCACUCAUAUGUUAAAAGCAUCACCGGAAGGCUAAUCAGGACAGUGGAGGUCAAAAAGUGAAAAUGCCAAUCAGCGUAGAAGGCUGUGGGUACAGGUUAACUUUGUUAAAGGUCACAUUGUACUCACUUGUACUAGAGAACGCAGUCAGGACGUUGGACGACCUGUUCGAUUGCACGACGGUCCUUUACACGGAGACCAAUGCGCAAGAGGCGGCCUGUAGAGUUUAAUCCCAGUGUGUUUUUAUCCAUUGAAAAAUUGUCAAGCAGAUGAGUAUACUAUGUGUCUUCUUGUCUUGCGAAGUGUAUAGACAAGCUCUGAAACUUACAGGUACUUUAAACAAGGAGAAGCAGUGACAACAGAAGGAAUACUUUAAAAAAAAGUUUUGUAACGAAACCCUUUCCCAAAACCAUGAGGCCCCUGAAUGAAGGUGCAAAGAAACAUGAAAAUGUUAGCAUAAAAAAAAUAUCUAUAUCUAUAUAUCUAAUAUAUAUAUAUAUAUACACAGAGAGUAUGAUUUUGUGAGUCAGCUGUAUUUCAGUGCUUACAGAGAAGAUAAUACCCCACGUUUUUAGUGGGGGAAUUAAAUAACAAUCUCUAGAAGGAUUUAAAUAUUAUAUCAGUCUACCAAUGAGAGUAUGAGUGGCGCCAAGGAAUGCUGUUGUUGCAUGUUAACCUAUACACAGCUACAUUGAGGUGGAUUUCUCAAUGUGUGUCCUCAAGGACCUUCUAUUUAGUGAUUUCAUAGACAAUGUCCUGUCAGUGAUGUUUGGUCACUUAGUGGAUAAAUAAUUUCAGUUCUUCAUGUAAAUACAGUAUCGAUUCCUUGACUGUUUGGUCUUACAUGAACGACAGGUCUGUGGCAAUGAAAUCUUACUCUCUCUCUCUCAGGGGUCCUUCAGGACCUUUGUUGGGGAGAGUCCUAGUCGGACAUACAAGGGUCUGCAGCGAAGCUCAAUAACGUUGGUAGGUUCCCGUUUUGAGAAAUGCAGAAGGAAAAUCUCAGAAUGGUGUGCGCUUGUUUAACUCUCAGAAUCCAUGCACUUCUUGAAAAGCGGUACAUCCUACCUCUGAAAAGAUGACAAUAUUAUAAAAUUAGUGACAGAGUGAUUACUUGCUCACUAAGGAAACAAAGCAGUAUCGGCAUUUUAUGUUUAGAAUUAUUCAUCCAGCACAGUUUUACUCAACAUUUCUGUCUUAAUGCCUCAGCACAUUUAAAGUUCCCAUUUAACAGUGACCUCAUGUUGACUUAGGUAACAGCCGGUAGCAUUGAUUUGCCACUCCCCUGCCAAAUUUAAACAAAUCUGACAGGAGCUUAGAGAACUAGUUUAAAAUGGAGAAGAAAAGAAUGGAGAGGAAAAGAGGGCAGGAUUUUACAUGCAUGCCAUUUCACUUGAAAUUCUAGAUGAUGAUGAUGAUGAGACGGCACGUUUCUGGAGGUAUGGCACGUGUUUCAGCCGAGGUUGAGCAUCAGCAGGGCUGAUCGCAGGGUCUUGGAGGCAUCAGGUGAUUGGUGAUAGGACUGAGUGGCAGGACUGUAGCUAAAUAACUAUCAACAUUUGUAAAUAAUUUUGUCGAGGUUGUUACUCAGAGUAGAGGAAGGCCCACCUGCCUAGGUGGUACAUGUAUACAGUUCUAGAGUGUGUUUUAAUUGCAUGAUCAUCAGUAAAGUCGAGAUGUUCAUCAUCACUCCAAAAUGAACCACAUUUUCCCUAAAGCUAUUUUUGUGGGUUAUUUUCAGAUAAAGUAUCGUAUUUGGCAUCCAUAAUAAUAAGGGACAGACCCAACAAGUUCAGAAUCACCAAUUUUGAUUUGAGCACUGUGUGGAGACAAUGUCCAUGAGGGCUGUGAAAAAACAAAGCCACCUUCAAUAGGUUACGACCUCACAAAUUCAUGUAGGCCGUAAUAUAUGAACGAUCAAGUUACACACUUAGUCACGUAGCGUGUUCGUCAAUAGCAUUAACUCUGCAACCAUUGGCAUGAAGUGCAACCAAAGCGUGAGCACAAUUUCCAUUUGCUUUACUACAUUCUCUUGUUUUUGGAAAUCGGCCCAACAUCAUCCUUUAAGGAGGCCUUUAAGAGUGUAAAGUAUUUGAACUUUAAACAGUAAAACAAUGCUGAGAAAAAACACUGCUGAAAGUUCCUGUGAGCUGCUCUGUACGAUUGUAACCGAAUAAUUCAAAUUUAGUAAGAUGCAAGCCUGCAGUUUGGCCAUAUCCACAAGCUUCUAUUUCAGCAAGCAGCAAGGCUCAAAACAAGGACGCACAACAGUCGUAAAGCUCGACCAUCGACUAUUGCGUGUCCGACUAGGAGAGACGACUUUAAUGUUACUUGUUGGGGAGCAUACUCUUCAGCAUUGGUGCCUUAUACUCCACAUGCUUACACGCUGGCUGGUGCUCUAGAUCAAAGUUUGGGUUCUUGUCUUUCCUUUAUCUUGUUUCCCCCUGAGGAUUAGUUGGGCAUACUUUCCUCAUACACCAUUGCCUAACUUUUGUUGAACUUGCUAGGUUUCCUAAAGAUAAUAUGGGCGUUUCACACAUUCUAAAGCUCCUGACCCUCAGCCUUUCCAUGACUACUGACUCAGUCUCUCCCUUCCCACGCUGUCAUUGAAUCGCAUCUAAGCAUCAGCCCACAUGUAAACUCAGACAUGGGUUGGUAUCCUUGAAAACGCAGUACAGUCUUUUCACCACUCUUUACAUGUCAGACUUUGGGAAGGGGCAAACAGGAGAACUGUUUGUAGGAUAGGUUUGGCUUGGGGUGCCCAGUUUUGACCUAUUGUAAGAUUGUCCGGCUCACAGCUCUAGAUCUUGGCAGCAAUUUGUCAGUGGCUGAAUUCCUCAUUUACAAGGUAUGGCUAGCACAUCGUUCCCCCCACCCCUCCCCCCACCCCGUUCUUUGACUUUCCAUAGCACUUGUCAUGGCUUUUUGUUUUCUUUUCAUUAUUUCAUUACUGUGUGCAAUAUAAAAUGUGCCAAUGGUGGCAUUAUUAUGUAUAUCAAUUAAAAGACAAGGAUUAAUAUUUGAAAGCAUGUGGCUGAAUUCCACAUUUCUUUUUUCGAGGUUUGAAAAGCCUUUAUCUGCACUUAUAAUAUUAAGGUCUGGGUCUAGAAGAGGGGAAACCAAGCGGAAUUAGCAAAAUCCACCCAACCUGUUCAAACCAACACAGUGCAGUUAACUAGCACUUUUAGAGAUCAUCCAUAUGCUCCAUGUAAAUGUUUCCAUUUCUCAGAACAUGGGAAAGGAGGUGGAGCAGGAACGCUGAUUGGUCAAUUACAAACUGGUACUUGUGUUUAAGCCUCGGGGAAGAAGGCAUUACAAACAUUCAUACUCCUCAAUUGGUUUCUAUUCAAUGGGAAGGCAUGAAUGAAGGUGUCUGGUGGAGUCUUCUGUCGUCAGUGCUUGAUGUCAGUAACACAUUGCUUUCCCAGCUGGAAAAAAUUCUGACCAAUCUUUGUUUGAAAAUCUCUGAACAAGGAAUGUCUAGUGCAAUUUCACUUUAUUUUUCUUUUAUCUUGUGUUCCUUCCCUUUGCAAGAAUGAUUACUGAAUAACACGUUUGGUGGUGAUGCGUCAAAUAUAAUUUAUGUACAUUUUACAAAUUUUAAAAUAAAAGAUGUUAAUUUACCCACAUCACUAAAAAAAAAAGAGUUUAAUUUUCAACAAAAAUGUGUUGUGUUGUGUUU